AUGAAAUCAAAGGCUAGUAAAAAUGAUAAUAUACUAUUGAGCGAUAAAUUAAGUCCAAGAAAGUCAAAGAAAAAAGUUGUCGAGUUACCAGGGACUCAAAAUGAAGCAAAAAGUUAGCAUACCAUUCUAAAAGCAAAAGACUGUAUUAAACAGAAUAAUCGAAUAAUGCCAAAAGAUACUCUCUGCUUCCCUUAGAUAACAAGAAAGCCUGAGGAAAAUUUAGAGAGAGAGUUAUUCAAUUCUCAAUUGAAGAACUUAGCUAGGUAGGAAAUGCUACCUAGGAGAAGCAGAGCUUCUGAAUAGUAGAGUGGAAGCUUGAAAGAAUUCGAGUUUAUUGAAUUAUUUUAAAAGUUACAUACUGAAUAUCGAAUUGAGUUUGACAAAGAACUUAGUUAGUACUAUUAAAAUCAAACUUUGUUGAAUAAAGGCAUUAUAAAUGACUUAGAGACUUUUGACACUGUACUACCACCCUAGAAAAUUAGGUAGCAAUGA